AUGUCUACAGCGGCAAAGAAGAAAAUCGUUGUUGCUGGGGGCAAUGGCUUCUUGGGCUCGCGAAUCUGCAAGUCCGCGGUAGCACGGGGAUGGGAUGUGACUUCAAUAAGUCGCUCCGGCGAGCCGAGCUGGUCCUCCGUCUCUUCCUCUCCAGAUCCUCCCCCGUGGUCCAGAUCGGUGACUUGGGCGACCGGUGACAUACUCAAACCCACGACAUACAACUCCCACCUCGCCUCUGCCAAUGCCGUCGUGCACACCAUGGGCAUCCUCCUCGAAGCCGAUUACAAAGGCGUUCUGCAGGGAAAAGAGUCUCCUAUCGCCGGUCUCCAACGCGCUUUCUCCUCCUACAAAGCUGGCUCCGCAGUCAAUCCACUUGAGCGCAAGUCCGGAGAAGAUUUAGGCAAAGGUGAGAAAGAUGGACAGCUUACAUACGAGUUGAUGAACCGGGACAGCGCGAUCGCGUUGGCUCAAGAGGCUCAAGAGCAAGGCGCGGGUUGCUUUGUCUAUAUCAGUGCUAUGGCUGGAGCGCCCGUGCUGCCAGGACGCUACAUCACAACGAAGAGGGAGGCGGAAGACGCAAUUGCCAGUAACAUGGUGAAGAUGCGGAAUGUGUUCUUGCGGCCUCCUUUCUUGUAUGAUUCGAGUCGGAAAUUCACAUUGCCGAUUGCAGCAUCUGGGGCUGUGGGCAACACGGUGAACGAGCUGGUCGGCGGCAGGUUAACGAGCAUAUUCGGUGCAGCGGUGGAGAAACCUCUGAAAGCGGAUCUGGUAGCAGAGGCGGUGGUCGAGGCGAUCGCGGACGAGGUAACAAAGGGUAUCGUGGACCGGAAGAGCAUUGAAGCAUUGGCCGCAAAGGCAUGGCGGAAGACAAUGCUGUGA